AGAAGAAGGGCAGAAGGGAAGGUCACAAGAAGAAGAAGAAGGCCAAAAGAAGACAACAACAACAUUAAAGAAGUGUGUAGGACCUUUCCCCCACCCACCCACCCACCAUACAGCCAACACGAGGAGAAAGAGGAAAGACUGUUCUAUAAGUGGACGGAAAGAGGGAGAGGAGGAACAAGAGGAAAGAGGAGAAAAGAGGAAGGACAUUGCCAACUCGUGGGUCUCCUGGCGGGGCGCUUCUGUUCUCGUGCUGCUGAGUUUUGACCAAGAGAAGAUUAUUUUAGUCUCUUUGGUUUUGACACUGUGGGUAUAGUCGUGCCAUGGCGGAGUCUGCAGCCACAUGUGUCUUCAAGAAAAGGAGCGUCAGGCCUGGUGGGGGCGUGCGGAAGAGGGCCGCGGACAGUGACAACAGCAGUGAAGACGAGACAAAAGUCAUCAAGAAAGGCAAAAAGAAGGACUUGGCAAAUCCCCUUGUACAGCGAAGCAAAAACAGAGGAAGGGUUAAGGAGGAGGAACACAGCUCCAGUGAAGACAGUGAAGAUGACUUCAGGUUAAGUUACAAGUCCAAGCGCACAGAAGGCAGGGAGGGACCAAAGGACAUGGGUGCAACUUCCACCAUUCAGUUUGAAACAGAGAAAGAUCGGGAUGCGCAGGCAGUGUUCGAAAGGUCUCUGCAAGUUAAUAAGGAAACAAGAGGCAAGGAAGAUGACAAAGUGUACCGUGGUAUGAGCAACUACUCCCACUUCUUUGAGAAAAAGGAUACAGCUCAGGGUAAUGCUGCCAGUGGAGGUGUGCGCAAGGGUCCCAUGCGGGCGCCAGAUAACCUGCGUGCUACAGUCAGGUGGGACUACCAGCCAGACCUCUGCAAAGACUUCAAGGAGACUGGCUUUUGUGGCUUUGGAGACAGCUGCAAAUUCCUUCAUGAUCGCACUGACUACAAGCUGGGCUGGCAGUUAGAGGUUGAGGCAACCAAGGGAGGUGAUGACUCCGAUGAGAACUGGGAGAUCCCAAGUGAUGAUGAACAUCUUCCCUUUAAGUGUUUCAUCUGCAGAGAAUCCUUUGUUGACCCAAUUGUUACUAAGUGCAAACACUAUUUUUGUGAGAAGUGUGCUCUUGAUCACUUCAAGAAAAGCAGGCGUUGCUUUGUGUGUGCUCAGGAUACUGGGGGAAUCUUCAGUCCUGCUGCAGAAAUAAGGACAAAGCUUCAGAAUGGAAAUCUGGAUGAUAGUGACUGAAGAUGGCUUACAAAUGUAUUUGUUGGUUUUAAUUAAUGAUCGCCUUUGGAUUGUCUGAGGUUUGCAUUGAAAGUGAAGAGUUGGAUUUGUAAAUAAUAUUGGAUAUUUUCACAUUUUAUUGCCAAAAGCUCAUGCUAAAUAGGUUAUCACAAUUAUGCAGAAAGCUCAAUAUAAAUAGGUAAUCACAAUUAUGAUGUUUGAAAUUGUGAUUAUCACAAUUUUGAGUUAGUAACUAAAACUUAAGAACAAAGUU